UUGUGAACAAAUUGGGAGGGAUAUCUAUUUUGACCUUGUUGAUCAUAACAAAGUUCGCAGUUUCCGUAUUCAGAAGCAGAUGUCUUCUAAACUUUUCAAGGAGGAGGUUGCUAAAGAGCUUGGUGUACCUGUGCAAUUUCAGCGUUUUUGGUUAUGGGUGAAGCGUCAAAAUCAAUCUUACCGUCUAAACCGACCGUUAACAUUUCAAGAGGAGACGAAAUCUGUUGGAAAGUUGAGAGAAGAACUUAAAACGGCUCAAAAUGCGGAGCUAAAUUUGUUCCUGGAAGUAAACAAUUACCAUGGGGCGGGAUUACAUCCUAUUCCUCCACCUGACAUAACACAACAAGAUAUACUUCUCUUCUUCAAGCUUUAUGAUGCGCAAAAAGAAAAACUGCGAUAUGUGGGGAGACUUUUUGUGAAGGACAGUGGUAAGCCUGCGGAAAUUCUUAAAAAGCUCAAUGAGAUGGCUGGAUUCUCUCCAGAUGAAAAAAUUGAACUUUAUGAGGAAAUAAAGUUUGAGCCCACAGUUAUGUGUGAGCACAUAGAAAAGGAAUUCACAUUCCACCAUAGCCAGCUUGAGAAUGGGGAUAUUAUUUGUUUCCAGAAACCGCCUCCAGCCGAUAGUAUGACACGAUGCCGUUAUCCAGAUGUUCCUUCUUUUCUAGAAUAUAUUCUUAAUCGUCGGGUUGUACGCUUCCAAUCUCUGGAGAAACCGAAGAAAGAUGAUUUCGUUCUUGAGCUGUCGAAGGUAUUAACUUAUGAUAAUGUCACGGAAAGAAUUGCUCGGCAUCUUGGUUUGGAUGACCCAACCAAAAUCAGACUUACUCUUCGCAACUGUUACUCACAGCAACCUAUAGCCCAAGCCAUUAAGUACCAAGGUUUUCACCACUUGUCCGAGAUAUUAAGUUACCGCAACCAGAUAUCUAAUAUUUUGUACUACGAAGUCUUGGACAUCCCUCUACCAGUGUUGCAAGGUUUAAAAACUCUGAAUGUUUCUUUUCAUCAUGCUAAAAAAGAUACUGUCAUUCACAAAAUUAGACUUCCAAACACAAGUACAGUAGGCGAUGUGCUUAAUGAUCUGAAGACAAAGGUUGAGCUGUCUCAUACGAAUACGGAACUCAGAUUGCUUAAAGUGUUCAACCACAUGAUCUUUAAAGUUUUUCCACUUAGUGAAAAAAUCGAGAACAUAAAAGCUCAGUACUUUACACUACGUGCAGAGGAGAUUCUAGAGGAGGAGAAGAACUUGGGUCCUUGGGAUUGCAUGGUUCGUGUUCAUCACUUCACAAAAGAUGCAUCUGAGCCCCAAAAGGUAAAGAAUUUUGGGAAACCAUUUUUAUUGAUCAUCCGUGAAGGACACACAUUAGCUGAAGUCAAGUUGGGUAUUCAGAAGAAAUUGAAUGUUCCCGACGAGGAAUUCACAAAGUGGAAGCUUGCAAUUCUAUCUUUGGGUCAGCCUGAUUACCUUACUGACAUGGACAUAGUAUCCAAUCAUUUUCUGAGAAGAGAUAUUUGUGGAGCUUCGGACCAGUACCUUGGCUUGGAGCAUUCUGACAGUUCUCGGUAGAGAGCUUAUCCAACCAAUCAGCACUGCACCUUGACAUGAUGAGUAAAUUGUUCCACAUUCCUCCUUUAUGCUCUUCUUUUUUAAUUUGUACUCGGUACUGCUGGAGGAAUAAGAUGAGUAAAUUGUUCCACAUUCAGAGAAAAUGGAAGGUGCAGGAAAAUGUUUCGGGUAUGGAAAG